AUGUUGAACGAAAAUAUGUUUCUGCGAAAUUUCCUUCUUUACUACUUUGCUUCUUUGUUGACAUUUUCAUCGCCGGCUGUAGUCAAUGACGGUUUGUAUUCACACUCGGAUGAUGUUGUGAUUCUCUCGGAUGAGAAUUUCGCUGAAAAUGUUUAUUCUGUACAAAACGCAUGGAUCAUUGAAUUCUACAACAGCUGGUGUGGACAUUGUAGAAGAUUUGCCCCUGUUUGGAAGUCAGUGGCUACGGACGUAAAAGGAUGGAGUGGUGUAAUCAAAGUGGGCGCUAUAGACUGUUCAACAACAGGGAACCUUGACAUAUGUAGGAACUACAAGAUCAAAGGCUAUCCCACUAUGCGGCUGUUGCCUCCAUAUGCCUCCAAGAACGAGUCUGGGGUGGAAUUUCAUAAUCAAGAUCCUAAAGCACUGAUUGAAAAAAUGGUGGAUUUUGUCACUGAAUUCAAUGGGAUGGCAACAUCAAUUUGGCCAAACCUUCAACCACUUGAGUCACUGGAACACAUUUGGGGGGAAGCUAAAGACCACCAUAAACAUGUUGCUCUGGUAUUUGAGGAGGAGGAUUCCUACACAGGAAGAGAGGUCAUACUUGAUAUGAGUGGCUACAAAGAUGUGCUGCUGAGAAGGGCCCUGAAGCCACUGAUGGUCAAGUUUGGAAUCAACUAUUUCCCUUCUCUGUACCUUCUUGAUGCCAAUGGAAUGUACAAACAACUGGCUGAGAAGGGAACAACCAGGGAUCAGUUUAGGGAGGCCUUGCUCAGUAUCCGUGGUGGACAAGUCCCAGAAGAGGACAUUGACAAGGAAGAUCACUUGAUUGAGGAAUCACAAGACAAAGACGAGGAGGAAAAAUUAAAAGUUACUACUAGAGUGGGUGUAUACAUGCAGGACCUGGAGUCGACCUUAACUUAUCUUCUUAGACAGGAAGUGGCUAUCCAACAUGACAUGAAAGAAGAUAGUGUGAAAGCACUCAAGAAAUUUCUUCAUAUUUUAGCAAAGUAUUUCCCAGGGAGAGAACACGUGAAAGGUUAUUUAUGGCGUAUCCACACAUGGCUUGUAACUGUUGGUGAAGAGUUGUCAGGUCAGGACUGGCUCCAGCGAAUCAACAGCUUCCAGACUCCAGAGACAUACCUUUCAGAAAGGAUCCGUUGGAUUGGUUGUGCUGGUAGUCAGCUCCAGUUCCGCGGCUACCCUUGUGGCUUGUGGACACUGUUCCACACACUCACAGUAAAUGCUCAGAGGACUGAGAGUAACGAUGUGAAUUUUAAUCCCAGAAGUGUGCUUGACGCUAUCGCAGGAUAUAUAAAACAUUUCUUUGGCUGUUCGGAUUGUGCUCAACAUUUUCUAAAAAUGGCUGAAAGUAUUGACAGUGAAGUGAAAAAUUUAAAUGACUCUGUGCUGUGGCUAUGGCAGAAACACAACCUUGCGAAUGACAGACUGAAAAAUGACUUUUCUACAGACCCUCGUCAUCCAAAGAUACAGUUUCCUUCCCUGGAGAUGUGUAAGCUUUGUCACAAAAUGUCAUCUUCUCAACAAAACAUGGACUGGAAUACUCCAGCUGUUUUAAAUUUUUUAAUUGAUUUUUAUUCUAAAAAUAAAAUCAUUAGCAUUGAAGAUGAUAGUGAUGGAUCAAAAACAGAAAAUUUAGUGUCUGAAAGAAAUAUAAAUAAUCUCGAUUGGUGGGAAAGACAGCAAAGAAAAAAGGAUAUUGAAAAAAUAUGGGAUUUACGAGAGUCGAAAAAGAAAACAAAGAAGCAAAACUUAAGAUCUGGUUUCCAAAGCAAUAGAAAGAGAGUGAAAGUAUAUGAAAAGUAUGAUUUGAAUGAAUCACUGGUGAGUGAAAAGACUAUAAAAUCCUCUUUUGGAUUUAGUCAUAUAGACCUUGGUAUGUGUGUAGUGUUUUAUAUCAUGUGUACAGUAAUAGUCUUUAUAAUGUACUAUCACUUUGCUGUCAAGAGAUGUAGGUUUUCCAUGAAACUGCCACGCUAA